GGACAGAAAUGGCAUCCACCGAGCAACCUGACUCACCAACACAGCCUGGCCUUCCGCCUGGAGAUGUCGAAGCAGCCCGUCCCAGAGAAGCUCUGAUUAACACUGCUGUGAAAUUUCUAGAGAACCCAAAAGUACGGCAAACUCCUCUGGCCACUAGAAAAACUUUCUUGAAGAAAAAAGGCCUGACUGAUGAGGAAGUUGAAUUGGCCAUCCAGCGCUCUGGCAGCACAGCAGAAGUCUUGCCCUUGAGUCCUGUGGCCCUCCAACACCCACCUUAUGCAGCUCCUGCACCACCAAUUCCAACCGGCUACAGAUGGAGAGACUAUGGUGCUCUUACUGUCAUCAUGGUGGGCAUCGCGUUUGGCUUUCAUCAGCUUUACAAGAAAUACAUCCUUCCCCUCAUUACGGAGAGACGAGAGGACAAGAAGCAUCUGCAGAGAAUGGAAAGCAACAUUGCAGCAAUGAGUGGCACGCUGACACAGACAGUCACCCAGCUGCAGCAAACCCUGGUCUCUGUCCAGGAGCUCCUGAUUCAUCAGCAGCAGAAAAUCCAGGAGCUUUCCCAGGAACUGGCUGCAGCAGAGACAUCGUCCUCAACCAACCGCAUCCUAGACAACCAAACAGUUGGAGACCUGAAGGCUGAGAUUGCCUCUUUGAAGGGUUUACUGCUCAGCAG